GAGCAUUUGAAGAAAAUGCACAGUGAUCUACCAGAGCAAUAUCAGAUGAGAAUAUCUUACGACCUGUUAGUCGGUCUAGCAAACUCCUUGCUAAACGACACAAUCUUUGAAAUCGUUAAGGGAUUAAUGGAGAUACAGCACGUAACCGAGGCCCAUUUGAUGCAAGUGCGAGAAAAAGUAGAGAAUGACCAUCAGCUGGAGGUGAAACAAUGGGAGACUAAAAUACAGGAUCCCGAAGAACUGGAGCACAUUAUUGCACUGAUGAAAAUUAAGCAUGGAAAAAAUAUGAAAGAAACCGAUAUGAAGCUAGUGCUACACCUGGAUCAGAAAGUUAAAGAUCAACAAUCCACCCUUGAGAAAGCCGGGGUGCCUGGCUUCUACGUAACAGACAAUCCGAAGGAGAUUAAAAUCCAGAUGUAUUUAUUGGACUUCAUUCUUCGACUUAGCAGGAUGAAAUUCGAAUCCCACAAAUAGCAUUCGGAAGAACCUGAAUAAUUGUUGAGCGAUACCGAAAUGAAUCACUCCUCCAAAGCAGCGCUGCAAACAGGUAAAAGUAACACACGUUAUGUUUAGCAAGUACAACCACCCAAUAAGGGCGCAAGGUACGUUGUAUCAGACGUUAGAAGCAUAUGUUCACUGGUGUGCGUGUCUCGAUGCAAAGCAGUGGGCAAGUGAUGAUGCACAUCGAUUACGUAGCAAGCUUGUACACAUUCCACCAGUGGUUGUGUAUGAGUAGUUGUGUUUAUGAAACAGCCGGCUAAUUUACACUAAGUUCCGUCAUGUGUUGGCAAAGGUGCCAUAAUAUAGAAUAGAAUAAACAUAAAUGCGCAAUUGUUUAACAAUUAGCAUUACGUUCGAAGCGGUCGUUGCUAAACUUCAGAUGUUUAGCAUGUUUAA